AUGGAGCUCCUCAAGAGCAGAGAAGGAAAAGGUGGAGUCUGGCUAGCAGACAAGGUACUCCUGAACGAAGGAAAUGUCAAAAGAGGGUCAGACCUAGGAGAGUGGAAGACCAGCCAGGGCUUCCAGGUAACAGAGAGCCAACUUUCAACUAUCCAGGCAAACGAGGCGACGACCGGAGAGUCCCUUGCCAGGGUUACGCCAUCUGGAGACUCGUUGAUCUAUUACACGGAUGGACUAACACAAGACACCUUCAAAAUAUGCAAGGAAUUUCUGAGGCCCUUUAAGAAAUGUCUGCGGAGGCUGAAUCCCCCGAAGGACCUGUCCCAGGAGAAGAGGCUCAGCUGCACCAGAAAAAACCUCACCAUCCUCGGAGACCACAUCAACAUGUUCCUUCAACACUACUGCAAGACGUGGGAGCUCAAACACUGGAAGAAGAUGCUGUGGAGGUUCGUUGCCCUCUUCUCAGCGCUCGAUGAGAAGCAAUUGUGCAAAUUGUAUCGAUACAGCAAGACCAACCAAGACUCCAAGUUCCUGAAGACUUUCCACCUCAUGGAAUGCCCAGAUUUAGUCGCUCUGCCUGAAAACCACAACCUCCUGAAGCUACGUGACUCCUGGGGUCUCUGUGGGGAUGUGAAGGUGCAGGACAGACUGAGCCAGAGUUUUGAAUUUGUGCUCAUGACGUCGGCUCGGGAGGAGGAUCUGGAUAGUAAAAAGCAUUUGAAAUCCUCUUGA